GGCUAGCAGGACUGAGGGAAAGGAUAAAACAUUUGAUUUAUUUGUUCACUUCACUGCUGACAGACUUGGGGAGGGACUCAACAUGAUACAAACUACAGGGUUGCUGAAGGUCAUCGAGCUAACCAAGACAUUCACUUUCAAUCCCAAAGAGGGAAUAGACAACCCAGCACUGAUGAUCUCAGAUGAUACAGAAUCAGUUUCAGCACCCAUGCCACGCCUAUGUGCGCUCAAGCGUCAAGAAGGCGAGUCCUUCGGCUUCCAUCUGCGUCUGGAGAGGGGACGCUGUGGUCAUGUGAUCAGAAAGGUGACGGCAUGGGGGGUGGCGGAGCGGAGUGGCCUGAGGGACGGAGAUCGGCUUCUGGAGGUCAACGAAAGCUUCGUGGAUGACAUCCCUCACGUGGAAGUGGCCAGGAGGAUACUGCUGAGUGGGAACCAUCUGUGUCUGUUGGUGAUGGAUGGAGAGGAGUAUGACCAGGCUGUGUCACAGGGAUUUGACCUCCGGUCCCUGGCAAGAAAUCACAGAGGGGAGGGCUGCCAGCAGCCACGGAUGUGCCACAUCACCAGAGAUACUGCCACUGGCCUGGGCAUCAACUUUGUACCUGUGGAAGGGCAGAAAGGAAGGUUUACGGUUAACCUCCUAAGUGGGAGUUCUGCUCACAAAGCAGGAAUGUUUCAGGGAGACCACCUGGUAUGGAUGAACGGAGCAAACGUAUCUGAGCUCACCCACUCUGCACUUAGCAAGAUGGUGAUGAAGUGCAAGGAUCACAUGACCAUCCUGGUCAUUGACAAUGAGAGCGAGAAGAGCUAUGUCCGCAGGCGGAUGCCCAUUCUACCUGCCAUGGUCGGUGCCCACAACCUGCCUCACACACCCCGGAGACUCCACCUAGUGCUUGGGCCUAAGGGUUACGGCUUCCUCCUCAGACAAGAGAAAACACCAUCAGGAAAAAUAGUUCAUGUUAUGCGUGGGCUGGACAGAGACAGCCCAGCAGAGAAGGCAGGCUUGCAGGAGGGGGACAUUCUGUUGGAGGUCAACAGGGAUCCUGUGGAGUCCUUGGAGCAUGGAGACAUUGUGGACAGAGUGAGGCAGAGUGGCCAGGUUGUCACCCUCACCUGUAUUACUGCCCAGGGGCUCCACUUUUACACACAUCUGGGUCUAUCUCCUCUUGUUUUCUGUGGGAGUGAUCCUAAGGAAAAUGAAGAAAACAAAAUGGUGCCCCCCAUAACAGUAGGAGUAGAAGCACCAGAGGACGUUCCAUCAGUGCCCAGUCAACGACUCUGUGUCCUCCAGAAAGGGCCUUUAGGCUUCGGCUUCAACUUGGGUUGUGUCCCGCAGACUCCAGGGACCUUUAUAAGCCAGGUGGGUCUAGGGGGCUCUGGCCAUAGAGCAGGACUAAAGGAGGGAGAUUUGGUUAUUGAAGUUAACGGACAAGGAAUGGAAGAUAAAUACAUAGAAGAUGUGAUUAUGCUAGUGAAAGAGGGAGGAAAUGUCCUCUCUCUCUUGGUUAUGGAAAAGAAUGACAGCAGCAGGACAAAAAAUAUCCAGAAGACCACUGAAGCAGAAACUGAGGAGCAUGGCUCUCAGUUAAAAUAAAAAAACGUUUAUUUUCAUUGCCGUUGAUACAUUUCUGCAUUAUUUCUAUGAUAUUAUGUGGAUUUUAUCUCUACAGAAGGAAGAAGCUGAAGAGUUAUCAUUCCUGUAGCAGAUAGUUCACACCUUGACGACUCACCCACAAGACCAUAGGACAGAGCCACUAACUCAAAGCAAGCCAAACAGUAUUAACCUAGGUUAUAAAAGUCUUCUUGUCUACAUAUCACUUGAGCUAAAAACUCACCCUGGUUUGUACAGUACUGUAUAUGAGGUCUGCAUGAGUUGUCUGGUGGAUUUACAAGAAAGACACACCACAAAAUAUCAAUGACCAGAUAUGAAAAUAAAAUGCUAUGCUAUUAGUUUCCAAGUAAUUUAAUGUUUUUAAAGAAGAAUGUAUACAUGUAUUGGUAAAAUAUUCAUGUAAAUUGUAGGCCUUAACAAUGCUUUCUACAUCUGUGAAAAUAAAAAGGACAUAUUUCACUGGA